AUUGUUUGAGUUACGAUGCAACUAACUUAUAGAACCUUUCGUUGAAAGUUCGUGAGUCGAGAAUUAUGUCGUGUUAACACGGAGAUAUUCUACGAUAUUAGACAAUUCCUGCGAUAUUCACUAUCGAGAUCUGCCCAAUGGAUCGCGGUGCGAGAGUUGCCGUGGCGGAUGGCAGCGGGGAGAUGUUUUGAGGUACUGGCAGAGCUGGGUCGCGGCGCCUUCAGCACGGUGCACCUGGUGCGUGCGCAAGAUCGGCGGCGAGGACGACGGGUGCAGCUACGCCCUGAAGGAGCUGCGGAAGGGGCCGCAUCGCCAGACCCAGGAGGCGCCGUCCAGGUCCUUCCUGAAGGAGCGGCGAGUCCUGGAGGCUUCCUCCUGCACCUGCACUACGCCGGCCGGGCGGAGGAGGCGGCCUUCUUCGUGGUCGACGACGCGGCGGGAGGCGACCUCACCGCCGCGCUGGAGGACCUGGGGUUCCUGCCGGAGGACCAGGCCCGUCUGGUGCCGGCCCAGCUGUUCGCGGCCCUGCACACCCUCCACUCGCUCGGCGAUCAGGCCCACUCCCGCCUGUCUGACUGACAACGUGCUGGUUGACGGCGAGGGCAACGUGGUGCUGUGCUCGGAGCCGGCGGAGGAAGGCUGCCUUGCCCGCCGCACCUUCUGCGGCACGACUGAGUACUUGGCGCCUGAGGACUCCGCCCGGCUGCACCGCCGCCGGGGACUGCUGGGGCGCGGGCGUGCUGGGGUUCGAGCUGCUGACGGGCAGCCUUCCCUUCGACCCGGAGGACGAGGGCGACCUGAACAUCAUCAACCAGGAGCCUCACUCCCCGCCGUGCCUGUCGCCCGAGGCGGCGGACUCGCUCAGGAGUCAGGGCCGACAGCACACCUGGCAGAGGUAAUGGCGCAUUCUUUCUUCCGGGGUCUUGACUGGAGCAAUCUGCCACCCCCCCCCCCCCCCAAUUCGCGAGGAGAGAAGGGCCGGGGUGUGCUUCAGACAGCUCAGAGGAGGAGGGUGGCGUAUAGGACGGCGAGGUUGCUGAGCUGAAACCAUACCUGCCGGGGUUCAACCUCGCUCCGUCAAACCACCAGCAGUCCUCGUCCAGUCCGCAGCCUGGCUCGUCGGCGACACCGUCGAGAGCCAGCGAGAUAGCCUAUGGCAGCCCGGUUACGAAGAUAAAGUGAGGACAAACCGAAGAGAAAGCUUUUGAUGGUCGUGAUUGGUGGAUUUUUUCAUAAUCUGAGAAAGCUGCUUUGUUGUUUUUAUGUGUGUACUAGGUGGAGUAAGGUUUUAUUUUUCUGGACCAGACUUUAAAAUUGUAGAGAUGGAACUGUAUUAUAUUGGUGCAGCUCAGUCGCAGAUAUAGUUUCUUCCCAGCAUUAUAAAUUGUGGUGAUGGAACUGUCUCUAUGCUAUUUGUGCAGCCCAGUUUGAGAAAGCUGGAUCAAGAGGCAGACAGCUGGAGCAAGAGGCAGACAGCUGGAGCAAGAUGCAGACAGUUGGAGCAUGAGGCAGACAGUUGAAGCAUGAGGCAGACAGUUGGAGCAUGAGGCAGACAGUUGGAGCAUGUGGCAGACAGCUGGAGCAUGACGCAGACAACUGGAGCAAGAGUGAGAGAGACAACUGUAGCAAGAGUGAGGGAGACAGCUGUAGCAAGAAAAAGAGAGAGAGCUGCAUCAAGAGAGAUACAGCUGCAGCAAGAGUGAGAGAGACAGCUAUAACAAGAGUGAGAGAGACAGCUGUAGCAAGAGUGAUAAGAGAGCUGCAGCAAGAGUGUGAGAUACUGUUGCAGCAAGAGUGAGACAGCUGUAGCAAGAGUGAUAGAGAGCUGCAGCAAGAGUGUGAGAUACAGUUGCAGCAAGAGUGAGAGACAGCUAUAGCAAAAGUGAGAGAGACAGAUGGAGAAAGAUAGAGACAGCUGGAACACGAGAGAGACAUCUGGUGCAAGAGAGAGAGAGAGAGAGAGAGAAACAGCUGGAACAAGCGAGAGACACAGCUGGAGCAAGAAAGAGAGAAACAGCUGGAGCAAGAGAGAGAGAAACAGCUGGAGCAAUAGAGAGACGCUGGAGCAAUUAAGAGAGACAGCUGGAGCAAGAGAGAGACAGCUGGAGCAAGAGAGAGACAGCUGGAGCAAGAGAGAUAGCUGGGGCAAGAGGCAUACAGCUGGAGCAAGAGGCAGAAACACAGCUGUAGCAAGAGUGAGAGAGACAACUGCAGCAAGAGUGAGAGAGACAACAGCAGCAAUGACAACUGCAGAAAGAGUGAGAAUGACAACUGCAGCAAGAGUGAUAGAGACAACAGCAGCAUAGUGAGUGACAGUUGGAGCAAGAGAGAGAGACACAGCGGAGAAAGAGAGGGAGACAGCUGGAGCAAAGGAAAAAGGCGGACAGCUGGAGCAAGAGGGAGAGACGGACAGCAGGAGCAAGAGGUAGAGGCAGACAGCCGGAGGAGGAGACAGACAGCUGGAGCAGGAGACAGACGGUUGGAGCAGGAGACAGACAGCUGUAGCAUGAGACAGACAGCUGAAGCAGGAUACAGACAGCUGUAGCAGAAGACAGACUACCGAAGCAGGAAACAGACAGCCGGAUCAGGAGACAGACGGAACAAGAAACAGACGGACCAAAAGAUAGACGGACCAAGAGACAGACGGACCAAGAUACAGACGGACCAAAGGACCGACGGACCAAGAGACAGAUGGACCAAGAGACGGCUGCAUCAAGAGACGGCUGGAUAAAGAGACGGCUGGAUCAAGAGACAGCUGGAUCAAGAGACGGCUGGAUCAAGAGACGGCUAAAUUUAGAUACAGCCGGAUCAAGAGACAGCUGGAUCAAGAGACAGCUGGAUCAAGAGACAGACGGACCAAGACAUAGACGGACAAAGACAUAGAUGGACCAACACAUAUACGGACCAAGAGACAGACCACCAAGAGACGGCUGGAUCAAGAGACGGCUGGAUCAAGAGACGGCUGGAUCAAGAGACGGCUGGUUCAAGAGACGGUUGGAUCAAGAGACGGCUUGAUCAAGAGACGGCUGGAUCAAGAGACAGCCGGAUCAAGAGACAGCCGGAUCAAGAGACAGCCGGAUCAAGAGACAGCUGGAUCAAGAGACAGCCGGAUCAAGAGACGGCCGGAUCAAGAGACGGCUGGAUCAAGAGACGGCUUGAUCUAGAGACGGCUUGAUCUAGAGACGGCUUGAUCUAGAGACAGACGGACCAGAGACAGCUGAAUCAAGAGACAGACGGAUCAAGAAACAGAAGGGACAAGAGACAGAUGGAUCAAGAGACGGCUAGAUCAAGAGACGGCUGGAUCAAGAGACGGCUGGAUCAAGAGAUGGCUGGAUCAAGAGACGGUUGAAUCAAGAGACGGCUGGAUCAAGAGACGGCUGGAUCAAGAGACGGCUGGAUCAAUAGACGGCCGGAUCAAGAGACAGCCGGAUCAAGAGACAGCCGGAUCAAUAGACAGCUGGAUCAAGAGACAGACGGGCCAAGAGACGGUUGGAUCAAGAGACGGUUGGAUCAAGAGACGGCUGGAUCAAGAGACGGCUGGAUCAAGAGACAGCUGUAUCAAGAGACGGCUGGAUCAAGAGACGGCUGGAUCAAGAGACGGCUGGAUCAUGAGACGGCCGGAUCAAGAGACGGCUUGAUCAAGAGACGGCUUGAUCUAGAGACGGCAUGAUCUAGAGACAGACGGAUAAAGAGACAUUUGGAUCAAGAGGCAGACGGAUCAAGAGACAGACGGAUCAAGAGACAGACGGACAAAAACAUAGACGGACCAAGAGACAGGCGGACUAAGACAUAGACGGACCAAGAGACAGACGGACCAAGAGACAGACGGGCUAAGAGACGGCUGGAUCAAGAGACGGUUUAAUCAAGAGACGGCUGGAUCAAGAGACGGCUGGAUCAAGAGACGGCCGGAUCAAGAGACGGCCGGAUCAAGAGACAGCCGGAUCAAAGAUGGCUGGAUCAAGAGACGGCUGGAUCAAGAGACGGCUGGAUCAAGAGACGGCUUGAUCUAGAGACGGCUGGAUCAAGAGACAGCUAGAUCAAGAGACGGCUUGAUCUAGAGACAGACGGACCAAGAGACAGCUGAAUCAAGAGACAGGCUGACUAAGGCAUAGACGGACCAAGAGACAGACGGGCAUAGAGAAAGACAGACCAAGUGACAGAUUUAUCAAGUGACUGAUUUAUCAAGAGACCUUUGAUGCCUCGUAUGCGUACAAGCACAUAAACAGAUGAUAAAGAGUGGGUUGGCAAAGGAUCUGGCUGGUCUGUUUUCAGUAAACCGUUUGAAGCUAAGAAUUCGUCAGUUCAAUCGAAUGCAGAACUAAAUGUUUAUUUAAUUGCCUACUUAAGCAAGUGUUCCUGCAGUGUUUUAGGAUCUAUGCAAUAAAAUUUAUAUGUG